GGUAAGUCAUGUGCAGAGUGUAAAGUGAUAACUAGGAGCCUGUCAUUAACCCUUACCGUCAGCAAGGAAGGAUGUCCCAGGGAGUAAGAUGCAUGUUUAUUUUUAUUUAUUAAGCAAGCGUUUCAGGGCUGAGAUCCCCUUCUCCAGGUACUAAUUACUUCUGAGGGACCCCAGGCAUCCCUGACCAGAAGUACCUGCAGCCCUGACCAGAAGUACCUGCAUCCCUGACCAGAAGUACCUGCAUCCCUGACCAGAAGUACCUGCAUCCCUGACCAGAAGUACCUGCAUCCCUGACCAGAAGUACCUGCAGCCGUGACCAGAAGUACCUGCAGCCCUGACCAGAAGUACCUGCAUCCCUGACCAGAAGUACCUGCAUCCCUGACCAGAAGUACCUGCAGCCCUGACCAGAAGUACCUGCAUCCCUGGCUGCACACCUCAGUAGGUGCCUACACUUAGCACAACCCCCCAAGACAUAUUGGGCUCACAGAACACAAAGACGACUUCAGCAGGCCAGCAACAUGUUCAAAAAUGAUUAUCAGGGGGGACCAUUUGUUGAAAUUUUUAGCGCACAAGGAAAGGAUCCAGUGGCCAAGUGGAAACUCUUUGGCAGCCAGUCAGCAAUCUGGAAAGACUUUGAUAAAGAAGUGAAGAGCUUCGUCUUUGUCCUUGAAGGAAGCAGCCAGACUAUCAAGAUGCAGCUGCCAAGGGAGAACAAGCAAAUGCUUGGCCUGAUCCAGAGGUUCCUCAUCCUUCAGCUCUACAUCCCUCUAGGACAAGAUUUCUCCGCUGAGCUCCUAAUAACCGAUUUGGCAAAUAUUAAAAGAAGAUUAUAUUUAUCGACUGUCCACAAGGAAUUAUCCGCAACGCCGUUACAUGCAAAAAUCCCGCUCUUCGUCAUCAGGCGGAAAGUUUGGUGCAAUCUCUGUAUUGAUCUCGUCUCCUUUACAAGUGGGAUCUUUAAAAGCGCGGUUUUCCAGUCCCUGGAUGGAAUCACUGUUUCAGCCAACUGUAAACUCAGGAAGAUUUAUACCAUGAAACUAAAGCCCCAGGACACGGUGGAACAAGACACAUGUGAAUCAUCAUUAUCAGACUGCGAUCCCACCGAUACAAUUCCUCGAAGCUGCCAAAUUACCACUGAUGUUGAGCAGGUCACCCAGGUCCUAGACCUUACAAAAUUGCGUAACACUGACGUUCGAGACGAUGGUAGACCUGUGUUAUCCACCGAAACAGAUCUGCUCACAAACAGAGGACAAGGCAACUCUCGAGACAUUAGAAAGGGAGAUAAGUCUCAUAUUGCAUUUGGAUCUAAAGUUUCCGGACCUCCUCCAGCCACCUCAAGAAAAACCAGUGGCAGAUCUUCAGGAGAGUCAACAAGGUCUACAAGUAGACAUGACAAGUCCUUGCAACAGAUGACUCAGGAGAAAGGAACCACUACCGUGGGGCAUAUGGCAGACGUAAGGAUGUUGUCCCCCACACUUUCCCAUCCUUUAGACCAGAGGAAUAAAGAGAACAUACAACAUGCAAAAAAAAAGGAGCCGCUAUCCCGAGGAGCAGAUUACCGUCCACACCCACCGAUGGAUCCUAUCACUAAUGAGAAAGGCAGGAGACUGAGGAGUGUUGGGAGUGCAAAGAAAGAGGAGCCAAAAACUGUGCCCGACAGCUCUUCAGUGGGACACUGCGGAAAUGAAGAUAAGCUCUCUGUUCAGAUCCAUAUGCCGUCCUGCGAGAGGGAAAACAGACCAAAGACAUCAAACAGCGCAGGCGCAGACGAUUCAGAUGACUGGAUUUUUUAUGACAGUUUUCACUGGUGUUUCCAAACUGUCUGACAAUCGACAUCAAACAGACAUCAGGAAUUUAUGUGAGCAGUUGGCAGAUAACAACGUAAGUGACACUGCCUAUCCUGAAGAAAGGACCCCCGGGGCCCCCGACAAC